GGAAGUCAAGCUUGGUUUUCACGCUUUAAGCGGUGUGAUAGCAAGUGUAGCUAAAGUUAGCAAUUCUUUUCAGGUCGAAAGAUCGUUACGUCUAAAAAGAAAUGCCUUCACUAAACGGAAAACCAGAUGUUAUGUUUGAUGAUGAUGAUCUGCCUUACGAAGAGGAGAUUAUCAGGAACCCCUACUCCGUCAAGUGCUGGAUGCGUUACAUUGAAUUCAAACAGAAUGGAUCUAAAGCUACUCUCAAUAUGAUUUAUGAGCGGGCGUUGAAAGAAUUGCCUGGCAGCUAUAAGCUGUGGUACAAUUAUCUGAGAGAGAGGCGCAAACAAGUCAAAGGAAAGUGUAUCACUGAGCCAGUCUACGAAGAGAUCAAUAAUUGCCAUGAAAGGGCACUGGUGUUCAUGCACAAGAUGCCGAGAAUAUGGCUUGAUUACUGCCAGUUUCUUGUGGGUCAGUGCAAGAUCACAAGAAGUCGACAAACAUUUGACCGUGCUCUCAGAGCUCUUCCUGUUACUCAGCACCCACGCAUCUGGCCACUGUAUCUUCGCUUUGUCCGCAACCUGCCACUGCCAGAGACAGCCAUUAGAGUGUACCGCAGGUACCUUAAGCUGUCUCCAGAGAAUGCAGAGGAAUACAUAGACUACUUAAGGUCUGUUGGCCGCUUGGAUGAAGCAGCUGUGCGACUAGCAGCUGUUGUGAAUGACGAAAGCUUUGUGUCUAAAGAGGGCAAGUCCAACUACCAACUGUGGCAUGAGCUAUGUGACCUGAUCUCUCAGAACCCUGAUAAGGUGACGUCACUGAAUGUUGGAGCCAUCAUCCGAGGAGGCCUCACACGCUUUACAGACCAACUUGGAAAACUCUGGUGCUCUUUGGCAGAUUAUUACAUCAGGAGUGGUCACUUUGAGAAGGCCCGCGAUGUGUAUGAGGAGGCCAUCCUAACUGUAGUAACAGUGAGGGACUUCACACAGGUGUUUGACAGUUAUGCUCAGUUUGAAGAGAGCAUGAUUGCAGCAAAGAUGGAGACCACUUCUGAGAUGGGACAGGAUGAAGAUGAUGACAUUGACCUUGAGCUUAGGCUAGCCCGCUUUGAACAGCUGAUAGCCCGGCGGCCUCUCCUUUUGAACAGUGUACUCCUGAGGCAGAACCCUCACAAUGUUCAUGAGUGGCACAAGCGAGUAAAACUCUAUGAGGGCAAUCCACGGCAGAUAAUCAACACCUACACUGAGGCAGUACAGACUGUGGAUCCCAUGAAGGCAACAGGGAAGCCUCACUCUCUUUGGGUUUCAUUUGCUAAAUUUUAUGAGGAAAAUGAUCAACUGGAUGAUGCAAGAACAAUUUUUGAGAAGGCUACAAAGGUGAACUACAAGCAGGUUGAUGACCUUGCAGCAGUUUGGUGUGAAUAUGGAGAGAUGGAGCUUCGUCAUGAAAAUUAUGAUCAAGCUCUGCGCAUUUUAAGGAAAGCUACAGCCAUCCCGUCCAAGAAAGCUGAGUACUUCGAUGCCUCUGAACCAGUCCAGAACAGAGUCUACAAGUCCUUGAAAGUCUGGUCUAUGCUUGCAGACUUGGAGGAGAGUCUUGGCACUUUUCAGUCUACGAAAGCUGUUUAUGACCGCAUUAUUGAUCUCCGCAUUGCCACGCCACAGAUCAUCAUCAAUUAUGCCAUGUUCCUUGAAGAGCACAACUAUUUUGAGGAAAGCUUCAAAGCAUAUGAGCGUGGUAUUGCUCUCUUCAAGUGGCCAAAUGUUUAUGACAUCUGGAACACUUAUCUCACCAAGUUCAUUGAUCGCUAUGGGGGCAAGAAGCUGGAAAGAGCUAGAGAUUUAUUUGAACAAGCCUUGGAUGGCUGCCCUGCCAAGUUUGCCAAGACCAUUUAUCUGUUGUAUGCAAAAUUGGAGGAGGGAUAUGGAUUGGCACGACAUGCCAUGGCUGUCUAUGAAAGAGCAACACAGGCUGUAGAAACUGAGGAGCAGCAUCACAUGUUCAACAUUUACAUCAAGAGAGCAGCUGAAAUUUACGGGGUCACAUAUACAAGAGCAAUUUACCAGAAAGCUAUUGAGGUCCUUCCUGAUGAGCAUGCAAGGGAAAUGUGUCUGCGAUUUGCUGACAUGGAGAGUAAAUUGGGUGAGAUUGAUCGGGCCAGAGCAAUCUAUUCCUAUUGCUCCCAGAUCUGUGACCCCAGGGUGACAGCCAAUUUCUGGCAGACCUGGAAAGAAUUUGAGAUCCGCCAUGGAAAUGAGGACACUAUUAGAGAAAUGCUGCGAAUCAAACGCAGCGUCCAGGCCACAUACAACACCCAGGUCAACUUUAUGUCCUCUCAGAUGUUGAAAGCCACAACAAGCUCCACAGGAACUGUGUCAGAUCUUGCUCCAGGGCAAAUGGGAAUAGAUGAUAUGAAGAUGUUGGAACAGAAAGCACAGCAGCUUGCUGCAGAGGCUGAACAGGAUAAACCCAAGCCCAAAGAGAAGAUCCUGUUCGUCAGGAGCGACACCUCUCGCAGUGAGUUGGCUGAACUUUCCAAAAAGGCCAAUCCUGAUGAAAUCGACAUAGAUGAUGAUGACGAGGAUGAGGAUGAUGAAGACCAGGGGCCGGAUGAGGUUCAACUUGAACAGAAGAGUGUCCCCACAGCUGUCUUUGGGGGUCUUAAAGAUGACUGAUCUUGGAAGAGACCAUUGCUGAAUUAAGCAAAGAUGUGGUCUUCAGAUAAUUUAUGACACUGAACAGGCUCAAUUUUAAAUGUGUUCAAAUGCUGGGUUUGUUUUUUUGAAAAUGAGUAGAAAAACAAAUGGCACUUUAUGUGCCUCUCGUGUGUUUUCCUAUUGAUUCCGCAAUAUCUUUUAUCCUGUAUAUUGAACAAUGACAUAAGCUUGUAUGACUGCCAUAAGUUGUCAAUUUUUCACAAGGGUGACGCUCAAGAAAAACGUGCAGUUUAUUUUGUGCUUGUUAUGAAAGACCAAGAUGUUUCCAUCUGUAACUGAAUUUUUAAACUUUGUUUUCAAAUAUCAUUUUGUAAGAAACUUACCCUGCUUUACACUGACUAUACAGAGAUCUUUCUCCAAGAGGAGACUGCCCUCAAACACAACGACGAUAACUUUUUUACAGAGGGCAUUCAUUAGAAAGUGAAUUAAGCAUUGUAAUCUCAUUCACAAGUAGGUGGGUGUCUCCAAAAUUGCACUCUCUCUCCUAACUUGUAAAUGCUUAAAACUGUCAAUCUUAAAACUGUACAUAAGUUCAUGCAUUAUUGUAUAGUGCACUUAAACAGUUAGAAACUGUAGUCUGACUGAAUUGGAUCGAUAUCUUUUUUUUUGUUCCUUUUUUUUGCUCAGUGAUCAAAUCUAUGUGAAUUAUAUACCAACUAACGGAUCUGUUUGAAUCUUUACAUUUUUUUUUUUUUUACAUUGUAUUGGAAAUUUAGUUGUAAUAAAAAUGGA